AUGCUCAUUAAGCAUGGCGUGAAGGAUUUCUUUGGCUACCCCGGUGAAACGAUCAUCCCCGUCCUCAACGUCCUAGACGCAUCGAACCAACUCAAGCGCAUCACCCCACAACAUGAACAGGGAGCUGGACAUAUGGCCCAGGGAUAUGCCCGGGUGACAGGGAAGCCCGGAAUCGCGGUCGUGACAAACGGAUACGGGGCUACGAAUAUGGUUACGCCGCUGAUGGAUGCGCUUGCGGACGGCACACCCAUGGUUGUAUUUUGCGGACAGGUGCCAGCACAUCUAGAGAGCUCAGAGCAGCAAGCCAAUAUUCUCGCGAUAACACAGCCAUGCACGAAAUGGAAUGUCAGCGUGAGAGAUGUUUCUGAGUUACCGCGCCGGAUCACCGAGGCGUUCAACAUCGCGACGAGUGGUCGUCCGGGGCCGGUGUUGAUCGAGCUCCCGUUGGAUAUAUCCACCGGAAAAUUGGAGAAGGCUCUGCCGAUCAGCACCAUGAGCGUGGCUGCCUCAAGUCGCGUAGAAGAUACAUUCCGUGAGGUUCGGCAGAAACAAAUCAUGGACACUAUUCAGCGCGCGGGAAACCUCAUCAACGUGGCCAAGAAACCUGUUCUUUACGUAGGAUACGGUGUGCUGGGAUCUCCCGACGGACCGAAGCUACUUAAAGAGCUGUCCGACAAAGCAUCUAUUCCUGUCACCACAAGUCUCCAGGGACUAGGGGCAUUCGACGAGACUGACCCGAAGUCUCUACACCUGCUCGGAUUGCAUGGUUCGGGCUAUGCAAAUAUGGCCAUGCAGCACGCCGACUUGAUUAUCUGCCUAGGUGCGCGUUUUGAUGACCGAGUCACAGGUAGCAUUCCCAAGUUUGCACCCGAGGCACGACGAGCCGAGCAGCAGGGUCGUGGCGGAAUCAUUCAUUUCGAUAUCUCGCCGAAGAACAUCAAUAAAGUGGUCGAGGCCACGAUCGCGGUGGAGGGUGACUGCGCUGAGAACCUCGAAGUCCUACUCCCGCACAUCCAGCAAGCUCAAAGACCAGAAUGGCACGCGCAAAUAAGCGAAUGGAAGGCGAAGUACCCAUUCCAGGCGUUCGAACAGGGACGAGCAAAGAGCGGCCUCAUCAAGCCCCAGAAGGUCAUCGAGGAGCUGAACGACUUGCUCGAUCCAAUUAAAAACCGCACCAUCAUUACCACGGGUGUGGGCCAGCAUCAGAUGUGGACAGCCCAGCACUUUCGCUGGAGAUAUCCUCGAACUUUGGUCACGUCCGGAGGACUAGGCACCAUGGGGUUUGGACUACCUGCUGCCAUUGGCGCGAAGGUCGGGCGUCCAGACGCGCUGGUAAUCGACAUCGACGGCGAUGCGUCUUUCAGUAUGACUCUAAGCGAGCUCCUAACGGCCAGGCAAUCCAAUAUCGACGUGAAAGCGAUCAUUCUGAAUAACGAGGAGCAAGGCAUGGUGACCAACAUCCAGACACUCCACUAUGAGCGUCGCUUUGCACACAGUCACAAUAUAAACCCGGACUUUGUGAAGACGGCUCGAGCGAUGGGCGUCCAGGCUGAAAAAUGCUUAGACCCAGCUGAUGUAAGGAACAAGUUGAAUUGGCUGCUGAAUAGUCGUGGACCUGCGGUGUUGGAAGUCAUGGUGACGAAAAAGGCGCUGACAUUGCCAAUGGUGCCAGCUGGGAAAGGUCUUGAUGAAUUCUUGUUCUAUGAGGACAGUUCCGGACCUUGA